AUGGGGUCGCAAACGCUCCAGAUCCUGAGACAGGGGGUCUGGGCUUCGAUCACGGGCGGGUGGUAUUACGACCCCCACCAGAACACGUUCGUCAACGCUCUGCAUCUCUACAUCUGGCUCUUCCUGCUAUGCUUCCCCUUCACGCUGUACAUGGCCCUGCCACCAACCAUGGUGAUCGUGGGAAUCUACUGUGGCGUGAUCGCCGCCAUGUUUCUCCUGCUGAAGAUGGUGAACUACCGCCUCCACCAUGCCCUGGAUGAGGGGGAGGUGGUGGAGCGCCGUGCCAAGACGGCCGAGAGCAGCAGAGGCGUCGCGGAGGGGCCCACCCACAGCGGCGUCACCCGCAGGCAGGACAGCAAUGGCCCCGGGGAUCCUGGAGGGGGUAUCGAGAUGGCAGAUUUCAUCCGGGAGGUGACUCCGCCUGUUGACUGCAGCUCCAGGAACUCUUACACUGGGACAGAGUCUCACCACCAGACUGCAUCCGGCCACGGCGGCGCCACGACAGCCAAAGGAGGACAUGUAGGGAAGACCUCCGACAACAUCAGCCUGAGUCUUGUUGAGAGCUGCCGCCACGAUCACGACUUGCUGUCAGACCCAAAGAUGUACUGCAUGGUUUCCAAUGACUCGUUCGCCUCUAUGCAGCCCUCAACCUCCCUGGGCCCCCCGGAGCUGUCCAGGGGGCCCGGCGACGCCUUUUGCUCCGCUGCUAAUCCCUUCAGCCAAUCACAGUCCUCCUGCGACACAGAGGCGACCCCUCACGUGCCUGCGCAGUCGCAGUCUUUCAGGAAGGAGCUCCGCUCUCGGGGCCUGCCUCGCACCUCCAGCUCGGCCGGUUCUGCGUUCCCUGACCCCUCCCUGCCGGACUUUAGCCUGUACCCUCCCCAGAGGCGAGGUGGCCUUGACCCCGUGCGCGAGCUGGAGACAGCCCGACCUCGCAGGGCGGUGUGCAGGGACAGACGUAGCGAGGAGGCGGAGGGACACGACCAGCACGGCGGCGCUGUAGCCACCGCCUCCGGAACAGAGGGCUACAAACAUGAGGAGCCGCAGCAGAGGAUAGCCCGCUCGGCCUCACGGGAGGCGGGGGAAGGCAGUUCGGGCCUGUAUCAGGCAGAUGGUGAAGGGAGGCGACGGUCUGGGGGCGGAGGAGGGGGGAGGUCCCGGGGCGGGGAGCGCAGCGCCGAUAGCCUGAGGAGCCUGAGCACGCGCAGCAGCGGCUCCACCGAGAGCUACUGCAGCGGCACAGACCGCGACACCAACAGCACCGUCAGCAGCUUCCACAGUGAGCAGACCAGCUCCACCCACGUGGAGAGCCUCCUCUCCCUCUCGGGGGACGAGCACGCACGGGGCAGGGCCGACGGCCGGACGUCCAGUCUGGGCAGCGUGGGCUCUCAGCGGGGUCUCGGCAGCGCGCCGUCCAGGGAGGCAAACAAGAACCCUCACGCCAAUGAACUGACCGCCAAGCGACCCGCGGACACGCCGCCCUCGGCCGUCCAGGAAUUAGGGGAGUCCCACAGCUGUCAGGAGGAAUCCGGCGGCGCCGGGACGGGUGCCCGUGGCUCCACUCCUGGAGAGCAGGACAGGGAGCGGGAGAGGGACGACGCUCAGAGGAAGUCGGCCAGCCUUUUUCAGCGGACGUCCUCGUCGUCAGCUGGGCGUAGCGGGCGUCGGCGGACAGGCAAGAAGCGGGCGAGCAGCUUCGACGCCAGCCGACACCGGGACUAUGCACUACGGGGAAUGGCCAAGCCUCGCAGCGCCGUCUUCGCCGCCGGCUGCGGCGGCGGGGAGGAGGACUCAAGUGACCAGAGCGAGCUCAGCCGUGCCUCCAGCCUCCACUCUGCCCACCACCUCAGCACCGACAGCUCUUCCAGCGCCACCUCCCGCUCCUGUCACUCCCCGGAAGGACUCUAUUGCGCCCUGAAAGCCAAGCACACCUCCGCCACCUCGGCCUCGGCCUCCUCCUCCGCCGCCGCCGCAAAGACACCAGCGAGAUCGGAGGGAGCAGGGCGGCCGGGGGUGAAGCGGCACGUGUCACGCCGUACACCCAGUACCGGCAGUGCCAAAACCCACGCCAGAGUGCUGAGUUUGGACAGCGGCACCGCUGCCUGCCUUAAUGACCCCAACCGCCUGGGGACCCCGGCCGUGCCUCGCCCCCUCACCACCUCCAAGUCGGAUCUGGAAGCCAAAGAGGGGGAGGUCCUGGAUGCGGCGUCGCUCUUGGGCAGGGCCUCCCAACUGGAGUCGGUGACCCGGUCCAGGAACAGUUUGCCCAGCCAGGCGGCCUUCACCGAGCCUCAGGACCUAACGCCGGCUUCCCUGCGUGCCCAGGGGAGCGAGGAGACCGUCACGUUUCGCCGCGAGCGUAGCACGUUCCGUCGGCAGGCGGUCCGGCGGCGGCACAAUGCGGGGAGUAACCCCACGCCCCCCACCUCCCUCAUCGAUCUCCCCUCAGGUACGCAACGCGCUCUCAGCCAGGCCUCCCAACCCUCCACAUCCCAGGCGAAAAGUCAGCCGUCCAGAACCCCGUCUCAAGUGACUGUGCUGAGCGCUAGUGCCUCCCUGCUGGCCAGGAAUGGAAGUGCGCACCUGGAAGGUUCUCAGGACAAGGCGUCGACGGUUGGUGCUUCCAGCCUGCAGGACGACUUCGGGAAGCUCACUCCCUCCUUGUACGAGGCGGCUGGCUGUGACAUGUCCCUGGUCAACUUCGAACCUGCAACCAGACGAGCCUCCAAUAACAUGUGGGACACCGACUCCCACCUCUCCAGCUCUACCUCAGUUCGCUUCUGCCCUCAUGACCUGAUCCGCCUGAACCGCUUACUAACAAUGGACCCAGAGCUGCUGGAACAGCAGGACGGGGACCUGAGCCCGGAGCUUCCGGACGGCGCGUCGGGCCAGGAGGACCGCUCAGCCGCCACAGUAGCCGUGGGCAAGGCCCGGUCCUACUACCGCUUUUGGCUGCUACCCUACCUGUGGGUCAGCCUGCACUUUGACAGGCUCACCCUGCUGGCGCUGUUUGACAGGAACCGCGAGGUCGUGGAGAACGUGCUGGCGAUCGUGCUCGCCGUCCUGGUGGCCUUCCUAGGUUCGGUGCUGCUGGUCAACGGCUUCUUCACGGACAUCUGGGUCUUUCAGUUCUGCCUGGUCAUCGCGAGCUGCCAGUACUCCUUACUUAAGAGCGUCCAGCCAGACUCCUCGUCUCCUCGACAUGGCCACAACCGCAUCAUAGCGUACAGCCGGCCUGUCUACUUCUGCCUGUGCUGCGGCCUCAUCUGGCUCCUCCACUACGGCAGCCAGAGGACCACCUCCUCGCGCUUCACCCUGUACGGAGCGGCGCUCACCAGCUCCCUCCUGCUGGCCUCUGCCCGGGACCUGGUCAUAGUCUUCACCCUUUGCUUCCCCCUGGUCUUCUUCGUGGGCUUGCUGCCGCAGGUCAACACAUUCGUCAUGUACCUCUUCGAGCAGCUGGACAUCCACGUGUUCGGAGGGAACGCCUCCACCAGCCUUCUGUCGGCCUUCUACAGCAUCCUGCGGAGUGUCGUCACUGUGGCGCUGCUCUACGGCCUCUGUUACGGCGCUCUGAAGGAGACCUGGGAGCCCCAUCACAUCCCUGUGCUGUUUUCUGUCUUCUGUGGCCUCCUGGUGGCGGUGUCUUACCAUCUGAGCCGGCAAAGCAGCGACCCCUCCGUCCUCAUCUCAUUGAUACAGUCCAAGAUCUUGCCCAAUCUGAAAGACAAAAAUCCAGAGGACCCUCUCUCGGAAGUACAGGACCCUCUACCAGACAAGCUGAAGGCUUCAGUGAACGAGCGUCUGCAGUCCGACCUGAUCGUCUGCGUGGUCAUCGCGGUCCUGUACUUCGCCAUCCACGUCAGCACGGUGUUCAUCGCGCUGCAGCCCUUCCUGAGUUAUGUGCUGUACUCACUGGUGGGGGCGGUGGGUCUGCUCACCCACUACCUGUUGCCCCAGGUACGCAAGCAGCUGCCCUGGUACUGCUUCUCCCACCCCCUUCUCAAAACCAAGGAGUACUACCAGUUCGAGGUCAGGGACGCCGCCCAUGUGAUGUGGUUUGAGAAGCUGCACCUCUGGCUGUUGUUCGUGGAGAAGAACGUGCUGUACCCUCUUGUUAUCCUGAACGAGUUGAGCGGCAGCGCCAGAGAGCUGGCCAGUCCAAAGAAACUUGACACGGAGGUCGGCGCUCUGAUGAUCACUGUGGCCGGCCUGAAGCUGCUGCGCUCCUCUUACAGUAGCCCCACCUACCAGUAUGUGACGGUCCUCUUCACCGUCCUCUUCUUCACCUUCGACUACCGGCACCUGUCGGAGACGCUGCUGCUCGACCUCUUCCUCAUGUCCAUAAUCUUCAGUAAGUUGUGGGAGCUGCUAUACAAGCUACGCUUUGUCUACACCUACAUUGCCCCCUGGCAGAUCACGUGGGGCUCCGCCUUCCAUGCCUUCGCUCAGCCAUUCGCCGUGCCUCAUUCCGCUAUGCUGUUUGUUCAGGCCGUCGUUUCUGCAAUCUUUUCCACUCCCCUCAACCCCUUCCUGGGCAGCGCUAUCUUCAUCACCUCCUACGUCCGCCCUGUGAAGUUCUGGGAGAGAGACUACAACACCAAGAGAGUUGAUCACUCUAACACACGACUGGCAUCUCAGCUGGACAGAAACCCAGGCUCUGAUGACAACAACCUGAACUCCAUCUUCUACGAGCACCUGACACGCUCCCUGCAGCACAGCCUGUGCGGGGACCUCCUGCUGGGCCGCUGGGGGAACUACGGCACCGGGGACUGCUUCAUCCUGGCCUCGGACUACCUGAAUGCCCUGGUCCACCUGGUGGAGAUCGGGAACGGCUUGGUCACCUUUCAGCUCAGAGGGCUGGAGUUCAGAGGCACAUACUGCCAGCAGAGAGAGGUGGAGGCCAUCACGGAGGGCGUGGAGGAGGAUGAGGGAUGCUGCUGCUGCGAGCCGGGCCACCUGCCCCACGUCCUCUCCUUCAACGCGGCCUUCGGGCAGCGCUGGCUGGCCUGGGAGGUGCUAGUCACCAAGUACGUCCUGGAGGGCUACAGCAUCACGGAUAACAGCGCCGCCUCCAUGCUGCAGGUGUUUGACCUCCGCCGCAUCCUCACCACCUACUACGUCAAGGGCAUCAUCUAUUAUGUAAUCGCCUCCCCCAAACUGGAGGAGUGGCUGGCCAAUGAGACCAUGAAGGAGGGCCUGCGGGGGUGCGCGGAGAGGAACUAUGUGGAUCUGGAUCCAACCUUCAACCCCAAUAUUGAUGAGGACUACGACCAUCGUCUUGCAGGCAUCUCCCGGGACAGCUUCUGUGGGGUCUACCUAGGUUGGAUCCAGUACUGCAACUCACAGAAGGCUAAGCCAUUGGACUGUGAGAAGGACUCGGCCCUGGUGCUGCUGUGCUAUGGCCUGUGUGUGCUGGGUAGGAGAGCUCUGGGGACUGCGGCACAUCACAUGUCCAGCAAUCUGGAGUCUUUCCUGUACGGACUGCAUGCAUUGUUCAAGGGCGACUUCCGCAUCUCCUCGGUGAGAGACGAGUGGAUCUUCGCUGACAUGGAGCUCCUGAGGAAAGUCGUGGUCCCUGGAAUCCGAAUGUCACUUAAACUGCACCAGGACCACUUCACAUCCCCAGAUGAGUACGAUGAGCCUGCCGUCCUCUUUGAGGCCAUCUCCUCCCACCAGCAGAACCUGGUUAUCGCCCACGAAGGCGACCCAGCCUGGAGGAGUGCAGUUCUGUCUAACUCCCCAUCCCUCCUGGCCCUGCGCCACGUCCUUGAUGAGGGCACCAAUGAGUACAAAAUCAUCAUGCUCAACCGACGAUACCUCAGCUUCCGUGUCAUCAAGGUGAAUAAGGAAUGUGUGCGGGGCUUGUGGGCGGGCCAGCAGCAGGAGCUGGUCUUCCUGAGAAACAGGAACCCGGAGCGCGGAAGCAUCCAGAAUGCCAAGCAGGCUCUGCGUAACAUGAUCAACUCCUCGUGCGACCAACCCAUUGGCUACCCUAUCUAUGUGUCUCCGCUGACCACCUCCUACUGCAAUUCCCACCCCCAGCUGGGACACAUGCUCGGAGGGCCCAUCAGCAUGGGGAACAUCCGCAACUUUGUCGUCAGCACCUGGCACAGGUUACGGAAGGGCUGUGGCGCGGGCUGUAACAGCGGAGGGAAUAUUGAGGAAUCUGACGCGGGGGGACUGUCCUCUGGCAGUGGGAAUGGGACGGGGGUGAGCGACUCUCAGCAGAGCUCCAUGUCACAGGGGGUAGUCUCUGCACCCGCCCUCCCUCACUCUUACCAGCCCAACGCUCUAGGCACGAGUCAGAGCUCUCAGUCCGUCCAGUCCGGGCUUGUGCGCCACUCCCCCGCCCGUGCCUCUAUGGCCAGCCAGUCCUCCUCCUACCGCUACAGCAGCAGCCGCCACUCCUCCCUGCGCACCUCCUCCACAGGCCUGGAGCCCUGCCGCCGGUCCUCCACCAGCCAGCUGUCGCUGCGCACGCUCCCUACCUCCCUGCACCUGCGGCUGGGCUCCACCUCGGACCCGGCCGGCCCGUCCGCCUCCCUCUCCAGCCACAGCAUCCCCCCCUGUAAACGCCACACGCUGGUGGGUCUGCUGGGGAACGAGGGCCUGUGCAGUGCCAUAGGCGACCCUCUCACCCAGCACCAUCACUAUCACCUCCACCCUCACCAACACAACCCCCCCAUUGCUACCGUGCGCAGAGACGACAUCUCCUACAGAGUGCAGAUUGUGGAUGUGGGUCAGGUGUUGGAGAACAUAAACCUUUCCAAACGAAAGGAGCUGCAUUGGCCUGACGAGACAGUCAGGCUGAGAGCAGGCCGGACAUGCUGGAGGGACUGGAGCCCCCUAGAGGGCAUGGAAGGACAUGUGAUUCACCGGUGGGUGCCUUGUAGCCGAGACCCAGCGACUCGUUCCCAUAUCGACAAGACCAUCCUGCUGGUUCAGGUGGAAGAUAAGCUAGUGGCCAUCAUCGAGACCGGGGUCAUCGAGUUGGGCGCGGAGGUGUGAGCUAAGCGAAAGCACAUCGACACACGCACACACACACCUUUGGAGGGAACUAAGCCGGACCUGCCUGGACUGUGGAAGGACGCAGGAGCUGAGAGAUGGCUCGAAAACGGGAGCCCUCCUCCCCGACCUCCGGAGGCCGCCUAUCGCUGGAGGCGGGGACAGGAAGCCCGGGAAAAGUGCAAGCGGAGGCAGACAACGCGCUCAUUAAACAUCCUUUACGACAUCUGCAUACAUUUACAGUAACUGCCUUGCUUCGUGUCUCUCAGAAAUGCUGCAUGACAUUAAUCGACCCUAUUAAGUUCGUUCUCGCAGCUGGCAAUUUUUUUCUAUGCAUUACGUGGACAAUUUUUUGUUGACGUGCACACGCACACACACGUGUGUGUGUGCGUGUGACCCAGUUCGAGGUUCACUUUGUGAAUCUGGCAAAGCUGAGUGUUAAGAACGUGUGGGAAAUAUUAUACUUUAGUUUGUCUCCAAAUAUUUUGCCAAAUAAGCCUGGUAUUUAAUGAUUGCCACGGUUCCAUAUUUCAUGCAAAGGUUUUUUUUUUGGGGGGGGGGUUUGCUUCCUACACUGACUGCAGAGGAACUUUAUGUGUGUGGGAAUUUCAGUGGGAAGGAAACGCUGGUGCUUCGUUCAACACUCUUUUUUCUUUUUGACUCGUCAUUCCUUGAGGAUUACUUUGAAAAUUGCAAGCUCAUGUUUUGCGAAGAAGAAAAAAAUACUUGCACUAUGAUUCUUUUUUUUUUUUCUCUUCAUUUUAUUUACAGUGAUGCACUACGAUUUUGAGAUAAACACAUUUAAUUUAUUUUAGAUUCUGAAUGGCCAUGGUUACUGAUGCCUUGGGAAUGGAAAAAAAAUGCAAUCAUCGUUCUGUUUUCAGCCAUCUUUCUCUCACUGUUUUACGUUUGAUAAACUUGAAAAUACCUUUUUACUUUAAAAUUUUAUAUAUAUAUAUAUAUAUACGUAUAUAUAUAUAUAUAUAAUGUCAAUGUACAAUAGAUUUUGUUUUGAAUAUUUAUUACUGUGAACAUGGGAUUUACACCUUGUUUCAUCUUUUUUUUUUUUUCAUUUAUGGGACAGAGGUUAAUGUAUCAGAGACCAUCGGUUGGAAAACAAGAUGCCGCAUUUUUUGAUGGACUGUUUCCCUAUUUAACUUAAUUGUUUUCUAUAUGGAGAAAUAAACGUUUGA